AUGAGUGAUAUUCAGGCCACGGUGGAAUUUUCAGUGGAGCUGCAGAAAUUUUACAAUGUGGAUUUAUUUCAAAGAGGAUUUUAUCAGCUUCGAGCUUCCAUGAAAAUUCCUCCCCGUAUUCCACACAAAAUUGAAGCAAGCCUUUUGCGUGUCACAGGUGAUGAUCUAGCCUUUCCAGCUUCGGUGCAAGAUACUGUAGUCUGCAGUAAAAUAUUUCAAAUAUUAUACAAAAAUGAGGAGGUUGCAGUUAAUGAUGUAAUGAAUUUUAAAAUCAAGAUGCUCCUGGAUGAAAGGAAGAUUGAGGAAACAUUAAAUGAGAUGGUGUUUCAACUUUCCAUUGACCUGCAUUUUACAGACACUGAUUAUUCACCAAAUGACCUGAACGCCUUGCAACUAAUUAGUAGUCGAAAUUUAAAGUUGCACUUUAACCUACAUAGAGGCCUUCAUCACCACAUUAAUUUAAUGUUUGAUUACUUUCACCUCUCAGUCAUAUCUGUUGUAGUUCAUGGUUCUUUGGUUGCUUUGCAUCAACCGCUCAUCAGCUUUCACCGUGCAAUGAAGAAUACCUGGUUGAACAGAAAUGCUCCCACCCAGAAUAAAGAAUCUUCAAUCCCCACCCUGGAAAGUGUAGUGUUUGGCAGUAACUACACUAAGCAGCUGUCUGCAGAUGGUAACAGCUUUGUGGUUCAAGAAUGUUUCCUACAACAUGCCUACAACUUUCAUUAUACACUGUGUGCCUGUUUGCUGGUAUCAUUUAAGGGAUUAUACAGCUAUUUCAUGACUGUAACAAAAGAGUUACCUUCCUCCCUUAAAUUGGAGCUGGAAAAAAUUGAUGUUGAUGCCCGUCUAUCAGAACUAUGUGAAGAUGUUAAGAAAAUGGAUAAUCCUGAUGAACUGGCUGAGCUGAUUAACAUGAACCUUGCUCAGCUUUGUUCCCUGCUAAUGGCUCUUUGGGGACAGUUUCUUGAAGUUAUUGUCCUGCAAGAUGAAAUUACAGCAAUUGUAGCUCAAGAACAUCAUAUACUAAGAGUGCGCAGAUUUGCAGAAGCGUUCUUUUGCCUUGAGCAUCCCAGACAAGCAGCCCUGGCAUACCAAGAAUUGCAUGCCCAAAGCCACCUUCAGAUGUCAACAGCGAUAAAGAAUUCCUCCUACUUCAGUUCUCUUCCUCCUCUCCCUCUAGAGUGCAGUGAGCUGGAUGGGGACUUUAACUCAUUACCUAUUAUUUUUGAAGAUAGGUAUUUAGAUUACAUUACGGAAGAUUUGGAUGGACCUUGGUUGGGAAUUCAGAACUUGCAAAGAUCAGAAUCUAGCAAACCUGAGAAACUUGACAAUGAGGAGGGAUACGUUUGUGCACCUGGUAGCCCAGAACUAAAAGUCAGAGCAGAAAGUGUAUCUGCUUCAUCUUGGUGUACUGAAAGUGAAAAGCCUCUUACAAAGACCAAAAAAAAAUGACGAUGAUAAUAAAUCUAAAACAAAAGUAAAUAAACUUAUGCGGACAAUGAAAACUGAUAACCCAAAAAAGAUAGUAAAGCAAAAUUCUAAGGACUCUGUGGUUUUAGUAAGCUACAAAUGUUUAAAAGCUGCUACAGCAGAGGCUAUGUCUAAAUCAUUUGAAGGCAGGCCUUCACAUAGCCACAAAGAUGGACAUAACCUUCAUCCAGGGUUUCUAGCAAGUGAGACAAAGUCAUCUGGAUUGCAAGCUUGGCAGAAGCGACAUAACUCUCUCCCAUCUACUACAGUGACAACAAAGCCACCAUCUACAAGUAGUGACAGUACUGACAGAAGCCAUGGCAGUACUUGGGAUUCUGGCAAUUUAGCAUCUUUUUCUGCUUCCACCAAUUCAGGUACACUUGGCACACAACAAGCGGUUACUGGAUGUACAUAUGUGGACAAUGUGUUACCAGGAGUAGAGAAGUGCCGCUCUGGUCACUCCACAGUACCCUCAGGUCUGAGGACAAUAGAGGUUAAGCCAAGUAACAAAAACUCAUAUGAAGGGGAAAAAGUAACUGUUAUUUUUAGCUCUAAGUCAGAGGGUGCUAAAAAUAUGGCUUUUAAGGACAGCAUACAGGGGCAGGACUUAUCUGCUUUAACUGGGCCUCCAACCCCAUCACAAGAGACAGAUUCUGUAUUUGAUAAAGAGGUUGCUCUGGAAAGUAAUCUAAAACUGCCUGGAAAUGAGGAUCCUCUGACCAGACCCAAAAACAACCAGCUACAUAGUGGCAGUAAAGAGGUCCACAUUAUAGUAAGUGGAGACACAAUAAAGCUGCCUGAUCUCAGCAUCACCUGUGCAUCUUCAAGAUUUUCCGACUCUGGUGUGGAAAGUGAACCCAGUUCUUUUGCAACCCAUCCAAAUCCAGAACUCUGCUUGGAAAAUGUGACUGAGCAUGAUCCUGUGUCAAAUGACAAGGUAUUUUCUCCUCUUUUGCUGAAACCAGAAUCUAACUUAAAAGCCACCAUUGAAAGCCACUGCACAGAAAGCACAAGUGCACUCAGUGAAAUCCAGUCAUCUUUGACAUCCAUAAAUUCUUUACCAUCUGAUGAUGAUGAACUUUCCCCAGAUGAAAGUUCCAAGAUUUCUGUUGUCCCCGAGGGCCAGAUGAAAGACAGUAAAACUGUCCUGGACUUGGGUGCGGUUGAAUUGCCAAAGUUUGAUUCCGCAAAAUCUAACAUUCUCUUACAGCCUCAAAGUGUUGUGUUUUCUGAUAAAGAAAAUAUUCCUGUCCAUUCCUCCCUUUCAAAUAUCAGAGACCUUUUUCAGUUUGCUAUUUCUGAUGAGGAAACUCCAAAUGAAUUUAAGAGUAUUCCUUUACCCCCUACUGGCUCCAUAACCACUUUUAGAGAACCCCUAAUUCCAGAAACAUUUCAUCAUGCCUCACAAAUUGCACUUGAUCCUGAAGUUAUUGUUGUGGGAGAACAGUCAGUGGUAUCUGGCUCAGUUGUUAUGGAUGAGGAAGUUAUGUUGCAAAAGGUCGACGAGAAAUGCAGUGAUGAGGAACCAAAACUAUCAAAUCAAGACAUGUCUAAAGCUGAAAGUAAAAGUCCUUCUGCUGCUAUACCUUCUUCCACUAACAGCACUGACAUUGUCAAGCAAGGUUUAGUAGAAAAUUAUUUUGGCUCUCAAAGUAGCACUGAUAUUUCUGACAUUAGCCCUGCAGAGGAUUGCAAGUAUGCCAGUUCUGCCAAGGAGACUGUAAAGUUGCAGCCAGUUGGCCCAUUGCUUCAGGAGGAUGAGGAGGAUGAUGAUGAGGAACAAGAUGAAGAGAUGAUUGAGAAUGGCUACUAUGAAGAGACAGAUGGCCCAUUAUACAAAUCUGAUGAUCCUGAAUGUGAAGUUAUCCAUGAUUCUGCACAUGACAAGUAUUUGAGGUCUGAGAGGAUUGGUUCUGAAUAUUUAAAAGAUUCACUCAACAUGCCUGGUGUUUGUUCAACCAGUUGUCUAUCCUUUUCAUAUACAUUGAAAGACUCCCCUCAUGGAACUGUUUUUACUGCGAGGGCACACACUUGACACUAUAACAAAGCAACCAGGGGGUGCAAUGUUUGGAUCAUACUCAUCGUCUCUUGCUUGGUAUGAAAGCUGUCCAAAGCCUUUAAUGCUAGCGUUCCUUCAGGCCAAAGAAGAAUUAAAGCAAUUAAAACUCCCUGGGUUUUUGUAUAGUGAUGUACCUCAGUUGGCUUCCACAGUUCCAUACUUCAGUGUGGAGGAAGACGACUGUUCUGAUGAGGGAAUCCAUUUGAUUGUGUGUGUUCAUGGGCUAGAUGGCAAUAGUGCUGACCUCCGCUUGGUAAGAACAUACAUAGAACUUGGACUACCUGGAGGGCGAAAGGAUUUCCUUAUGUCGGAGAGGAAUCAGAAUGAUACAUUUGCUGACUUUGAUUCAAUGACAGAUCGUCUUCUGGAUGAAAUUAUACAGUAUAUUCAGAUCUACAAUCUGACUAUUUCAAGGAUCAGCUUUAUAGGACACUCCUUGGGGAAUUUAAUUAUACGAUCAGUUAUUUCACGGCCAAGGUUCAAAUGUUAUCUUAGCAAGCUGCACACUUUUCUUUCCCUAUCUGGUCCACAUCUGGGUACACUCUACAACAGCAGUGCUCUUGUCAACACAGGCUUGUGGUUCAUGCAGAAAUGGAAAAAAUCUGGCUCAUUAUUACAGCUGACUUGUCGUGACAAUUCAGAUCCCCGACAAACCUUCCUGUACAAACUUAGCAAGAAACCAGGUCUGGAACACUUCAGAAAUGUGGUACUGGUCAGUUCCCUACAGGAUCGAUACGUCCCCUAUCACUCUGCUCGUAUUGAAAUGUGCAAAACUGCUCUUAAGGACAAACAAUCAGGGCCGGUGUAUGCUGAGAUGAUCCAGAAUAUCCUUCUGCCAGUUCUACAGAACAAAGACUGUAAUCUAGUGCGAUAUGACGUCAUUCAUGCUUUGCCCAAUACAGCCAAUUCUCUCAUUGGACGUGCAGCACACAUUGCAGUUCUUGACUCUGAAGUAUUUUUGGAAAAAUUCUUUCUGGUUGCUGGCCUCCGAUAUUUCCAGUAG